CUCCUCGCGCUGCCUCAGCCGCUCCUCGCUCCUCGCGCUCCCGUUGCCUUCCACCAGCCCAUCGCUCCCCGGCUUGUUCGGCUGCUGCAGUCUCUCUCUCUCUCUCUCUCUCUCUCUCUCUCUCUCUCUCUCUCUCUCUCUCUCUCUCUGUCUCUCUUUCUCUCUCUCUUCUCAAGUUUCCUAUCUUCUCAAGAUCGGGGUAAAGGAAGGAAGGAAAACAUCGAAUUCGCCUUGCUCUUUCAGAGAGGUGAUGAAGGCAAAAUUGGACAUCUACAACAUGCAGUCCCUGCUGCUUGUUUUCUUGGUGUGGGACCCAGCCAGGUUGGUGCUGGCUAACAUCCAAGAAGAUGAGGCUAAAAAUAACAUUACCAUCUUUACGAGAAUUCUAGACACUCUGGAUGGUUACGAUAAUCGGCUUAGACCAGGAUUGGGAGACAGUAUUACUGAAGUCUUCACUAACAUCUACGUGACCAGUUUUGGCCCUGUCUCAGAUACAGAUAUGGAAUAUACAAUAGAUGUUUUCUUUCGGCAAAAAUGGAAAGAUGAACGUUUGAAAUUUAAAGGACCUAUGAAUAUCCUUCGACUUAACAAUUUAAUGGCUAGCAAAAUCUGGACUCCAGAUACCUUCUUUCACAAUGGCAAAAAGUCAGUAGCUCAUAAUAUGACAAUGCCAAAUAAACUGCUUCGAAUCCAGGAUGACGGGACUCUACUGUACACAAUGAGGCUUACAGUUCAAGCUGAAUGUCCAAUGCACUUGGAGGAUUUUCCAAUGGAUGCUCAUUCAUGUCCUCUGAAAUUUGGCAGCUAUGCAUAUACAACCUCAGAGGUCACUUAUAUUUGGACUUACAAUGCAUCUGACUCAGUACAGGUUGCUCCUGAUGGCUCCAGGUUAAAUCAAUAUGAUCUGCUGGGCCAAUCAAUUGGAAAGGAGACAAUUAAAUCCAGUACAGGUGAAUAUACUGUAAUGACAGCUCAUUUCCACUUGAAAAGAAAAAUUGGGUAUUUUGUGAUUCAGACCUAUUUGCCUUGCAUCAUGACUGUCAUUCUCUCCCAAGUGUCAUUCUGGCUUAACAGAGAAUCUGUGCCUGCAAGAACUGUGUUUGGAGUCACAACUGUUCUGACAAUGACAACUCUAAGCAUCAGUGCUCGAAAUUCUCUCCCCAAAGUGGCUUAUGCUACUGCCAUGGACUGGUUUAUUGCUGUUUGUUAUGCCUUUGUGUUCUCUGCCCUAAUUGAAUUUGCAACUGUUAAUUAUUUCACCAAAAGAGGAUGGGCUUGGGAUGGAAAAAGUGUAGUAAAUGACAAGUCCCCUUCAAUAAAAGCUGAAGGCAUUAUAUUAACAUACAACUCAGUGAAGGCAAUUCUUCAAGGCGCUAAACUAAUCUGGUCCAAGUAUGUAGCUUUCUCAUGGCCCAAUUUAAUCCAAGGAAAAACUUUAGAGUACUUAGAGAAGUGGAUGGACUGUUUAACCUUCAAACAAUCUUCUAAAAAAGAGAAAGCCUCUGUCAUGAUACAGAACAAUGCUUAUGCGGUGGCUGUUGCCAAUUAUGCCCCGAAUCUUUCAAAAGAUCCAGUACUCUCCACCAUCUCCAAGAGCGCAACCACGCCAGAACCCAACAAGAAGCCGGAAAACAAGCCAGCGGAAGCCAAGAAAACCUUCAAUAGUGUUAGCAAAAUUGACAGAAUGUCCAGAAUAGUUUUCCCAGUUUUGUUUGGUACAUUUAAUUUAGUUUACUGGGCCACGUAUUUAAACAGGGAACCUGUGUUAGGGGUCAGUCCUUGAAUCUAGACACGUUAUCUUUGGGAUGUAUAGCAACAUUAAACAGUUUGUUUUGCUCUGUACAGUCUGACUAAUAACUGCUAAUUUAUGAAUCAAUAUGUACAGUAUGUAUAUAAUUGAUGUAGCUUACCAAUAGACCUUUAAUGGAGACAUGCAUUUGCUACAUGGAAUUAUGGGCAGAAAGCACCCCAUGCCAAAAGAGUCAUUGUCUUUUUUAAAGAUUUCCCCUAGGACUUGGUUUCAAGUGGAUUUCAGAUGACCUGAUUUUUUUCCUUUCCUAAUAACGAUGAAAAUGGAGAUCCUGUAUCACCCUUUAUGGAAACUUUUGAUUUAGGUAUUAAAUAGGAGUAUUUUCUACUGUUGCCUAACUAUGAUAGGAGAUAACAUUGUCAUUCAAAGAUGAAUUCUUCUAAAUAGCAGAACCUUAUAUCUGCAAUAGCAGUUCCCUUCAUGAAUGCACAGAAUCCCUGCUAAUGCAAUUGGAAUCUUGACACAGUUACCCAGAAGAAGAAAAACUAGAGAUAUGGAAUCAGCUUUUACUUAUUCUGUAUAGUAUCUAUAGCCAUGUACAUAUUACAGCAUGACAAGCUCAAACAAUUAUGAGUCACCCUGACAGGAUGUUAAUUAUGCCUAGAAUUUAUUAACUAUUGGAAUGUCAUGGUUAUUAUGUUUUUAGCUUCAGAGUUUAUUUGAAAGUAAUAAUUAAAAUUCUAUAACUUAUUUCAAAAUUUUAAUCAUAGGGGACUACCUUAAAUUAAAAAAAAAAAAAAAGUCAACAAAUGUGUCAUACUCUUUCCAGGUGUAUGUUGAACAAAAAUGAUUUAGCUAAAUUUUUAUUUUAUUUUAUUUCUUUUAUUUUAUUAUUUUUUGGUGCUGGAGACUGGAAAACAAAUCCAGUUUUGCUGCUGUGGAGCAACAUUCAUACUGGAUUAGAAAAUUGUGCCAAAAACUCCAACUGAUGAGAAUUCAUAGGUGUCCCAUACUGUACCACUUAUGUGAUUCUCUUCUUUCCUGUUUACUGCAAAUUCUGCCUUAAGGCUUCUUUUCAUCAAGACUCAGAAGCCACUAAUUACAAAGGAAAGGACAGUUAGUUGGCACAUUUUUCUGUCUUGAAAGCAUCUCUUUCAGAUCAGGAUUAAUGUAAAUCUGCUUUUGUAAAUUGCAACUUUAAACUUCACUGACUCAAAUUUACAACAGCUUUGUAUACCAGAAGAGGUUUUGGUAAGUGUUGAGCAUUUUUAAACCAUAACUUUAAAACAUCACCAACAGAGUGGGUUCACAUGUGCACACAUGCAUGUGCACACACACACUCACACACACAAAUUGCAUACCUAAAUUCAAAACCAAAUUUACAAUUUUUUAUUAUUGCUAAUUAUUAGUGGGUAAAUUUAUUUUUCUUUUAAUAUUUGAAAAAAUCCUUAUGCCCCUGAAAUAUGCUAAUUAAAGUUAACAAUUAUGUAUCAUGCUUAGAUUCAAAAUUUCUGGCAAAUCUAAAAUACUUUCAAUUGACAUGUACAUUAGCAGUUAUUAGCUGACUUUUAAUAAUAGAUGCACCUUCACAAUGAUGUUUUUGUAGAAAUACAAAUAGUCAAAUAGUGGCAUUUCUUGCAAUUUUGUACAGUAUUUGAGUAUAGUGCAAAAAUAGGUAUGUUUACAAAAUCAAUAAAAAGAAUAUCUUAUGAAAAUAAGCAAAAUCUCAGCAAAAAUUGCUUUUUCUUUGCCUCUAUUUUUUUUUAUUUUCUUUCUUUUAGUGUGACUCUAUUAUGUGCUUUGCAUGAUUGUAUUAAUACCAAGGUCACAAAUGCAUCUUUAUUAACAGAAUUUGCCGUGAAGAGAGUCUUGACAGUAAAAAUUCCCUCACAAAAAGUAAUCCAUAAUCCAUAAUAAAUAAACUACAAUUGUUACAUGAACCAAUAAAUGUAUUUCUUUAAAACCCUUCUAGGAACAAGUUCUUUGUCAUUUAAGCAGUUUUAAAAUGUGCAUUGAAUUAGAAGAUAUCCUAUUUUCAUACACUUUUAAACAUAGCCUAGUUCUUCUGUGUAGUUUAGGUUUGUGUUCAAUAGUAUGAGAAAGUUCAUAAUGCUCAAAGGCAAACAAUAAAAAUGCUUUAUGUGGUAUGCAUUGUCAAACACUUUAAGAAUAUUUUAGACACCUGACUGCCCCUUAAUGUCUGAAUAUAAAUGACUAAUUAUAUCAUUAUAAAAUAUGUACAUAUGUAAAAAUAGUUGUAAAUAACAAUUUCUGUAGAAGAACUGAAAAGAUUCAUCUACAACUGGACAAAAGGCUGUGACGACAUCAAUAGAAACAGUUUUAUAGUGUUUAUGGCAGAAUGAUUGAAAACUUACAUUAUUGCUAUUCUUUGAAAUAACCUAAUUGGAAUUUUUAAUUUCAAUCAUUAAAAUCUUAUUUGUGCCUAAUGACAUUCUGAUGAUUCAGAUUUCCCUAUUAUGCUGUUCAUAAUUUUUUCUUAUUUCUAUAAUUUUGGUAUAUUUUUACACGGUUCUUAUUCUUUUAAAGUUUAGAUAAAUCAAGAUUUGACUCUUGCUAGAGAAAGGAAGGAUGUUCCAUCAUAAAGCAUUUUGAAAAACAGAAACAGUUUUUAAUCAUUAUUCACUUUUCCAUAAGCCAAUUUUAAAACACAAAAAUGAUAUGAAUUUGUCACCAUAAAGUCAAUUUUUCAGAAAACACAUUUUAUAUAAUAACAUUUGUCUCUUUGGCCUACAAAAUAACACAUAAAUUAUUGUGUGCAGUUCUACAAUGAUAGAGUUACACUAUGUACAAAAUGUAGAUAAAUACAUGUACAUAUAUAGAGAUAGUCUCAUUACUGUAUAGCAAAUAUCUAAUUAGAUUAAUAUAUUUUACCUCUAUUCUAUACAAUGCCUUGAGAUUGGUUUUAAUAUCACACAUAUCACACUCAUAUAAUUCAGUUGAAAAUUAAAUUUCAUUCUUAUGAAUACUUAGAAUCAAAGACUAAAUGAGACAUGUAAAUUAACUUAGUGCAGAGAGUUGUUUAAUGAGCUGUGAUAUCACUCUAUUAUGCUAAGAUGGUGGCUAUUUUGCCUUCUUUGCUAUAUAUGUUCCUGUUAGGUUAAAAAAAUGGAAAUAAUCUAACCAUUUAAUAUCUUUUAAACUCCAGUGAUUCCAAUCAGUGCCAAUCUUAACAUUUAGAAGUCUUUUCAAGGAUCUCUCUAUUGUGAAUUUAUUCAGGAUUAGAAAAGUGAUCACCCUGAGCCACAUUUCUAAUUUUUUUUUCCCUUAAAAAUUUAUAGCUUGUUUUUUAAACAACACAGAACCUGUUAUCUCACUCAUAAUUUUCUUUGGUAAAUGUAUUUGGUAAGAGAGACAAAUUAUUUUCCAUAUAUCACAUGUAUCUAUGAGACUUUAUUUGAUACUGGUUAAGGGAACUGAACUGGGCCAUGAUAUUAGGAUGGAUUUUGGAAGCACACCAGAGCUCUGUGGGCACUGUACUUUGGCAUGGCCUGUCAUUAUUCAAGUAAGAGGAAAAAGGAAAUGGCUCAAGUCACCUUCUGCACUGUCACGGUCCUCAGCACCUGUUAAGAAUUUGUUUCAUGUGUUCCCUACUUAAUAUCUUCACAUGCAGUCUGGGAAACAUAGGAAAUAUUCAUUGCUUAAUUUGAAUCUGGGGCCAUAUUAAUAAUAAACAAAUUGUUCCUUUACUAGUCUUCUGGCACUUUUACGUCCAUCUACACAUUUUUGAGGCAACUGCUGUAAUUUUUCACAUGCAAAGAUUCUAAUUUCAAGGGAAUCAUGAGCCCACCCACUGCCCUAUAGCGUUAUUCAUUUUCUUUUUAGUUGAAAUCUCAUGGGUUCUCCAUGCUUUUCUUUUAUUAAUCCAAAUACAUAGAAGCAUAAAAUUGAAAGUGAGGAGUGGUGCAGUUAUUUUUAACAUCUGCAUGCUUGGGAACCAAGGGCACUGUACAAAACCACUCAUAAUAGUGUGAACAAGACAAAUUAUGAUAUUUUUCUGUAUUGAAUUCAUGCUAUAAAAUGACUAUAUUUAAUAAAAUUAUUAAUAAUAUAAUCCUUUGUUAUCAAAAUUUAUAUUAAAGAUAUUCUUAUUUCCCAUCAGUUUUUAAGAGCUCAUUCUUUUAUCAAAUUCAAAGAGAAAAAUAGGGAAAUACCAAAUAAAGAACCCACAAGGAUAAUGAGGCUGUUUUUAAUUAAACCAAGUUAAACAUCUUCCCUUUUUAACUCCUAAGAAAGUGGGUAAAUUAGGAACAUAUUUGUACAUACAGAAAUAUUUUAACACUUAUGAUUUCAUCACUAUAAUCAUUAUUACUAAAAUACUGAAAUAUAGUUCAUAUGAAAUGCCUUUGGGGAGGGUAAUAAUAAAUUAUUCAAAAUCUAUUUCUGACAAGAAUUUUUUCUUAAAAUUUUUAACUAGGAGUAUAUUAGCAUAUCCAUUUCCUUUAGUUGAAAUAUUUCAUUUCUGCUUAUUUAUAUAAAGAGCUUCUCAUAUAGGUAAUUUAUACUCCACUGUAAGCCACUCUAUGUUGAACUUAACACAUAAUAUCAGCUAAUAUUGUAACUAGGUAAGAACAAUUAACAAGUUCAUCUUUUGGCAUAUAGUAAAAGAAUCUCUAGUAAGGUCUCAGCAUUUUGUGUGUGAGUGUGUGUGUGUGUGUGUGUGAUUCCCAGUUGUAUAGGAAUGAACAUUUUGAGUAAUUCUGAUAAGUUUAUGAUAUCAAAACUAUUUUUUAAUGAAUGGAUUCAAUCAUACAUGUAUCUCUUGUUAAACUAGCAAUUAAUUCAGUCAGUGGAAUUACUUUUGUAAUAGAUUAAUAACCAAAUUAUUAAUUAUAAUUGAUCUUGAGUCAUAAAUAUUUAGAAAUGUUCUUUCUAUAUGGAUAUAAACAUGUUCCCAAAGUAUUUCUAGUUGGUUCUUUUAACCCAUUAAGUUAGAAAUGAACUUGCAAUUCUGCUUAGGAAGGUAACAUGAAAAAACCUGAAUUCCAAGUUUCUCAGUGAAGGUUUUUGGAAGCUCUUUAAAAAGUAAAUAUCUGGAAGUCUAAUUAUCCCACAACUUAGACAUGUAAUAAAUAUUGUGUGUUCUUUUCCCAUGAAAAAUGAAAUAUCUCAGUAAUCAUUUCCAAAUGUCAUGUAAUCUAUUUUAAUUACUGAUUUGUUUCAUACUUUAUUUUUAAGUAAAAGGAUUUGGAGUAUAUUCUUAUAGAGCUCAUUGCAGGCUAGUCAGUGUUCUAAGCCCUUCAUGUAUAUGUGUGUGUGUGUGUGUGUGUGUGUGUGUUGUGUGUUGUGUGUGUGUAUGUGUAUACACCCACACAAUAUUACCUCAUUCAACAUUCAAUAUUCACAAUAACCGUAAUCACUGUGUGACUUGAAACUCUGGAAGACUAGAUUUUCUAUAUAAUACAACAACACAGCAGUCUAACAUAUCUUAGGGAAACUUUAAACAAAUUAAAAACUGUACUUUGCUUUAAUUCAAAUUAAUAUUCAUGUUUUUUUGAGAAACUCCCUCAAAUCAGAAGGCCACCCUGUUUUUUAACAUGACAAAACCAAGAGGACUGCACUGUGCAGACGCCAAACACCCGUUUCUGUGACAUUCACUAUUCACUAGCGUUAGUUACAAAUAUAAACACACUGCGUUUUCCAUUUUUGGUUCAUAGGUAAUUAUCAUCUAUUUAAAAAAUGCUUAAAGUUGAUUAAGGAAACAAAAGUUUACCUCUUUAUCUUCUAUUUUUUUUUUCUAAUUUUACUAGUUUUGUUAAGAGUUAAAAAGGUUUUGCUUUCACUUGUCAUGCUGUCAGUUUGAUGACAUUUAAACCCUUGGACUUAAAGGAUUAUAUAUUGAUUUCAUUGAACGGUUUGUGGUAAAUUACUAUCUAUAAAAAGAAGCCUAAAUUAAUCUCAACUAAAUGACUUUUUUCCCACCAGAAGUGUUGAAUUUGCUUAGUUGGUAUGAUAAGUCAGUCUUUAGUCUCCCUUUCAGAAGACGUACUUUGUCAUAACAUGCUGCCAAAAUGCCAUCCUACCUUAUUGGAUAAAUAUGAAUAUCUCCCACAAAAUAUAUUUAUAGAAACAACAACCCUAGUAAAACAAAACACAGAAUUAGUUUAGAAAUAAUGGCAGAUAAAUUUCUUACCAAUAUGUCUAUUUUUUAAGAAUAUUCAACAAAGUGUUUGGAGCUCUGUGGUUUAAAUUCAGAAUAAUGUGUAAAGAUGUGUAACAUACCAUUAGAUAGGUACAAAUGAAACUGACCUGUUGAGCCACAUUGUCAUGAAUUAAACUUCUCCAUCCCUGGUAAAGUCUAUGAUUUAUUGGUCUUGGGUGUCUUUGUCAUACUUGAUUUUAAGUUUGUUGAUGUUCUAUUUAUUUUCAAGAUUUUUCUGAGCAGAUAUGAAUUGAGAUUUUUGGUGUGCUCCAAACUAAGAAAUUUGAUCUCUCAUGAAAUACUCUUAUUAGAGGUGAUGUGCAUGAAAACUUGAAAAAGCUUCAUAUUUGUUACUAAAUUAGAAAAGGAAUGAAAUGUUUUCCCCGGGCUAUCAUUUAGUAUUUUUAAAUUAUUUACACAGAGAAUUCACAAUGAAGUUCUAACACAAAACUUUGAAUGUUCAUAUUAUGUGAAAUUUGAAAUUUUCUGGGUGACACUAAUAUAGUAGAUUUUCUGGUUGGAGAAAUAAUUUGGGAUCUAAUAAUAUUUGUAAUUUGUGACCUUGUUGUAAUUGGGAAAAGCCACUAGUUUUACAUAUGUGAAAAAUUUGACCUUUAUUGAAUGUGUCAUUAUGUUUGCUGUUUAAAAAUUCCUAAUUAAUCACAUACAAAUUAAUGCUAAACAUUACCUUUUUGUACUUAUUAAAAUUGAUUUA